AUGGAGGCGUCUGUAGAAAAGCAACGGGCUAAGAACCGUGAAGCUCAACGUCGUCAUCGUCGAGCUAUACGAGACAAGCUUGCCGAGCUCGAAGCCCUCAAGGAAGCUCUGUGGGAUUCGACAUCUACUGGACCACCUGCUGUGGCACCUUCGCCGCCGCCGGACUUGUCGAAGAAAUCAGAUCCCGACCUGCCUCCUUCUGCCGACUCAGAAUCUCUCCCUCCGCGUGGUUAUGUACAUGACGCGGCCGACUGGCUGGGAUUGCUGCAUUGGUCAGAUGUACAGCCGACACGUGCAGAACCUGAUGGCCAGUUAAGGCAGUUCUCCCUAGGAUCAACACAGCCGACCUACGCCGACUCUAUAGGGACUCCCAGUGAUACACGAAAAGUACAGCGGCCGAGAAUGCAUCAUUCAGCGACCAACUAUAUUCCGCCAAAUCCACAGCCCCUGUCAAACCACCAUCUCGGUAGCUCUGGCAACCCACAGAGCCCUCCAGCCGAUGAGUGGUCGCAGCUCUGGCAUAGUCCGGGUCUCGACUUGGCAAUAAACUCACCCGCCGACCAGCAGGAUAUGCGGCGGAAGGACUUGCCUCGCUCACCACGGCCACACACUGGGUCCAGCCAGGCACUAGCGAGAGAGGCUUCCAAGCGUCGGAAGACGUCAUUCCACAGCAACAUAACUGCUAAUAUCAGCUCACAUUCCCCUGAGACUACCUCACCUUCGUCAGCAAGUAUAGCGACACCAUUUGGCAGUGGCAAACUUCCUGGGACGCCCAAGACACAGCAAAAUACGCUUAUAGACCCUACCAGCCCCCCACUUAGCAUUGCUGUCAUUCACGGCAACAUUGCGUGUGUUCGUGUCCUGCUAAAACAUGACGUGGACGUGGACGGCACCGAUACUCUUGGAAGGACACCACUGCAUCUCUGUGCAACAGGAGUGCAGAGUGCUAUUGAUAUCGCGCGACUGCUCGUGGAACACGGUGCCAAUACAGCAGCGAGGGACGUUGAUGGCUACACACCUAUGCAACGGGCGGUCGAGUACGGAGACGAUGGAGUCGUGGGAGCCUUCGCGGAUUUGGGCAUGGACAUCAAUGGGGCAUAA